AUGUUUAAAAUUCUGCUAGUGGUGGCUGUGGACUUGGCCAUUGUUUGGGCCACGGACUACGACUUGCACAUCGAGGAUCCCGAAGUGUACUCGCCGUGUACUGAUGGUCCGCCCGGUUCGAUUAGCAUCCCCGAAGCCUUCGACAUGACUCACAUGGUGUUCUAUCAGGACGAAGAAGGCAUUCAUAUUUCGGGGAACUACACAGUCAAAUGGGACUUACCUCGCACCGAUCGCAUUUCCGCCACAUUUAAAGUAAUGUAUUUUAACCGAGGAUCCUGGGAACCGACUAUUUUAAGCCAGGUUACGACGAACCUCUGUGCCGUCAUGUUUGACAAAAAUCAAUACUGGUACAAAUACUGGUUUCAACACAUUGUGAACAAAGAGGAUUUAAAGAAGAAUUGCAUUACAACAAAAGAUUCCGUGGCGGUGCUUAAUCCGUUUAUAAUGCUGCUACGCUUAAAUAACAUUAAUGGCACUUCCUUUCGCGGACGCUAUAAAGUGGUGUUCCUCUUGGAAGCUUUCGAUGAAAAGAACAAAAGGCGACCAACGUCCGUGUGCUUCGAGUUCAGAGGCGAGGUUGAGAAGGUAAAAAAGUAAACAGACUAUGUACCAAAAUAAACUCCGAAUUGAGAAUUAAAGCUGUUUUGAAUAAAUUUCGAUGUAUUGAAUGAGAAAAAAUA